UACGCUGAGAAUCGGAGCUGAUUCUAAGGGGAACAGAGUAGCUUCGAGGUAUUUCCACCGUUGGAUCAAUCAACCUUCGUGACAAUACUCUUUUAACUAUGGCACCGAAGAAAUCAAGGACUCGCCGGACUAGAGUGGUGCCCAACCGGAGGAAUGGCCACCGGCCGUCAAGUUGUACGGCGGGUAGGAGACCCUCGCACUUCUUCAAGAUCAUACUCCCCUCUACCACUGAUGACAAGAAACUGAGGAUCCCUGUAAAGUUUGUAAUGGAAUUUGGGGAUGAACUGUCUGAUGUUGUCACACUCACUGUUCCUAAUGGUCACUUUUGGCAAGUGGGAUUGGAGAAAGGCAACAAGGAGAUUUGGUUUGAUGAUGGUUGGCAGGAUUUUAUGGAAUCCCAUUCAAUUCAUUAUGGCUACUUUUUAGUGUUCAGAUAUGAAAGGAAUUCAAAAUUCCAUGUUCUUGUGUUUGAUAAUACUGCAACUGAGAUUCAUUAUCCAUGGAGAGAAGAUUGUGAAUUGGAAGAUGAGGUGGACAAGUUGAAGGAAAAUGAAAUGUCUAACUCAGAUAAGCUGUUCCCAAAACAUGAAGUAGAUGGGGGAACAUAUGUUAGGGAAAUAUUUUCUGGUACAUCUUCAAAAGGAAGACUCAUGAUGUCCAGAGGAAGAGACAGAGCAAUCGAAGCAGCCAGACUGUUGAAGCCUACAAGUCCCUCGUUCAUGGCCUUCGUGCGCCCAUAUCAUAUAAGUAGACGAGGGUAUUUGUAUGUGCCUUAUGAAUUUGCUGGCAAGUAUCUUAGUGGGCAUCAAUUUGUCAAACUUCAAACUUGUGAUGGAAAACAAUGGCGUGCCUGGUGCUGUGUCCAUGGUGGGAAGUCAAAGUCAACAAAAACUAUAGGGUGGUGUCAGUUUUGCGGAGACAAUGACUUAGCAGAAGGAGAUGUGUGUGUGUUUGAGCUGAUCAAGAGGAAGCCCGUUGUGCUUAAGGUCUCAAUAUUUCACCUGGCUGACUAUGAAGUUAACUAACUUUCACACAUAACUUGUCUAAACUCAUAGUCAGUGGUGUUUGGCGUGCAGAAGCUUUAAGGAUGUAUGGUUUUUGUGUUUUUGUUUUUAUAUAUGCAGGACUUUUCCCGGUACUGAUAUGGCUUGUACACAAGAUUAACUCCUGAUGCUAAAACUUGUGUGUAAGCUUAAUAUGUUUAAUUAAUAUGC